AAAUAUCUUUUUUAUUUUUAUUUUAGAGCAUCUACAUUUAUUGCGUAGUUUUUCAAGGGAGAAUUCAUUGUGAAACUUCCGGAUUACCGAAAGGGUCAUCUGGCUAAGAUAAAACUAUGUGGGGCUGAAUCUGUUGGAUCAAUGUUCACUGCUGUUAGGAAUAGGAGUGGUCUCCAGAUGUCCACCAUUCUCCUUACUGUAAAGUUCACUUCCUCAUGUUCCUGUCCUGUUGAAGUGGACAUAGAAUCCAGCAUUCUUGAUGUGAAAUCGAUCCUGUCGAAACAACUCCAAAUUCCAGCCAAGGAAAUACAGAUAAUUCUUGCAGGAAAAAUCUUGGAGGAUAAUUCUACUAUUAAGGAUCUCUGUAUCGGUAACUGUUCAGUUCUACACGCCUUCAAACAGAACCAACCGGAGUUAGACAUUCAAGUGGGAGAAGGUGUGGCAGGAGGUGACACAGGUGCAACAGAUAACAGAAUAAGGAAAGGAGAACCAGACUACCAGUACUUUGUCUUUUGUAAGGAGUGCCAAUGUCUACGGCCAGGAAAACUGAGGGUCAGAUGUCUAUCUUGUAAGAGUGGACACAUCAUUCUGUCUAGAGAUCCUGAUAACUUUGAUGAUGUAUUAAAAAGCAGACGCAUUCAAGGCGAAUGUAAAAGUGAGCAAUGUAACAGACAACAAAGGGAAGCAAAUUUUUAUUUCAAAUGUACCGGACAUCAAAGUGAAGAAGGAGAAACAGCGGCAGUAUUAAAACAUGUUCGACCCAACAGGAAACACAGAGCUUGUGUUGUUUGUUCAGAAAUAGGAUCUCCUGUUAUGGUGUUUCCAUGUGAACGACAUCACAUAAUCUGUCUGGACUGUUUUAAAUCCUACUGCAUUGUGAGGCUGAAUGACAGAAGUUUCACAGAAGAUGAAAAUAUAGGCUACAGUCUACCUUGUCCAGUUGGUUGUCCAGAUUCGUUACUUGAAGAUGCUCAUCAUUUCAGCCUUUUAGGAAUUGAUCAGUAUGAGAGGUACAAGAGUUUUGCCACAGAGGAGUAUGUCUUACAAAAUGGAGGGGUGCUUUGCCCAGCUGUAGGGUGUGGUUCUGGAUUCAUCUUGUCUGAGGCAUUGCGAAAGGUUACCUGUCCUACCUGUCAGUAUACAUUUUGUGGGGAGUGUAAAACUCAGUACCAUGAAGAUCCAGACUGCAGGACGAUGGUGUUACAGGAAGCCUCCUCACAGAACUAUAAUGUGAGUGAGGAACAGGAGAGGAGAGCUAGAUGGGACCUGGAAUCUUUGGAGACAAUCGGACGUAUUUCUAAACCCUGUCCAAACUGUAAAACUCAAACAGAGAAAGCCGGUGGCUGUAUGCACAUGAGUUGUUCACGGUGUUAUUUUGAAUGGUGCUGGAUGUGUGAAAAAGAAUGGACAAGAGACUGUCAAGGCAACCAUUGGUUUGGAUGACACAGGACAUACAGAAUUUUUGUGCCAUGUGUUGAAUAUGGAGCUGUGACUUCUAAUUUGUACCCUCAUAAUUGUGUAUCAGUUUAGUCGAACUUACUAACAUUUCAUUCCUUUUUAAUAUCAGUAAAUGUGUAAUAAACCAAAAAUAUGAACAGUGUGUUUCCAUUUAGUGUGAAUCUAAUCCGACAUCCUGCUUUGCCAACAUUAAAUAAUAGAUUAUUGGAGUAUGUACUGUAUAUAAUGUGACAUUAUUGGUGUAAAAUAAAUUAACUCUAUUUAUUACAUGAA